CUUCCGCUGGCCGCCAGCCCGGCGGCUGCUGCUGCUUCUGCUGCCGACGGCGCUGGCGAGCAGGACGUUGAUGACGCCGGAGCGAGCAGCGGCGGCAGCAGUGAGCAGGGUGAUGUUAGCAGCAGCAGUGAGGGUGGGGACGAGCGAAUGAAGGAGGAGGGUGAUAGCUCCGAGGAAAGUGAUGAGGACGAUGCGGCUGUUGCGAAGGUAAAGCCAGCGCUUCAUGAUGAAGAUGGGGAUGAGGAGGAGGAGGGUGGUGCUCAGGGGAAGUCGAACGGCGUCGCUGGCAGUGACGAUGGGGAUAGCAGCGAUGGGAGCAGUGAGAGCUCCUCCUCCUCCUCCGACAGUGACAGCGAUGAGGGCAAGGGCAGUGACUCUGACAGCGACGAUUCCGGCAGCAGACGAGCAAAGGCUGCGGACUCUUCUGAUAACGAAACGUCGUCCUGCUCAUCUGACGACGAUGACGAUGACGAAGAUACC